AUGUAUAUUUGCUCCUGAUAUUAUUUAGUUAGAGAGAGAGAGAGAGAGAUGGAUAAUGAUAAUGUUAAUGGUAAUGUUGUUGGAGGAUCAGGAAAUGGAGGAUUUCAUGGCUAUCGCAGAUUCCCACAGCCAACCCCUGUCUCUGCCUCUACCCCUGCUACGGAGAUGAGCAUGGGACUGCCUCCUCAUCUUAAACAGGCCAAUACAAACAACAACAACAAUGCAGAAGAUUCUGAAUGCACCAUUCGGGAGCAAGACCGAUUCAUGCCAAUUGCAAACGUGAUCAGAAUCAUGCGCAGGAUCCUUCCUCCCCAUGCCAAGAUAUCGGAUGACUCCAAAGAGACCAUCCAAGAAUGUGUCUCUGAGUUCAUAAGCUUCAUCACUGGUGAAGCCAAUGACCGUUGCCAGCGUGAGCAGCGCAAGACCAUCACCGCUGAAGAUAUUCUUUGGGCCAUGAGCAAGCUUGGUUUUGAUGACUACAUUGAACCCUUGACUUUAUACUUGCAUCGUUAUCGUGAGUUUGAUGGUGGUGAACGUGGAUCCUUGAGAGGGGAGCCUUUGCUGUUGAAGCGGCCAAUGGUUGAUCCAGCUACAGGCUGCAGCAUGACGCCCUAUCAGCUGCCUCCUUUUCCUAUGGCUCAUCACCAUGGUUACUUUGCGUAUCCACCACCAAUGGGCAACGGUUAUAUGCAGGGCGAUGCAUCAAAUGGAAGCACUUCUCAGCCUGCUGUGGAAAGUGACGUUGAGUCUCACGCGGACGAGGGUAAGGAGUGAGUUUCUCUGCUGAAGGAUUAAGCUGCUGUUGAAACUUCAAGAGGGGUGAAGAAAGUAGACCGUCUUUUUUCUCAAUCUUAUUGGGAUGUUAUCUAAUUUGCUACCUAUGUUGACAAUCUAGGAUAGUUCUUUGCAAAGUUUAGGAACGUUUCUUUCGAACUAAGUGAGCCAAAUGGUGGCUUCCAAUUGGCUGUUUGUAUAUAUUUGCUGCCUGUCUAUUUUGAGUAUUUGGUUGGUGUUUGA